CGUAUCGUGACGUCAUCAUUGUCAAGGGAAGCUUUCUCCUGGCAACACGAAUUUUUUCGUGCCCAGAAUUUGAUGGUGUUUUAUUUACUCUGAUGUCUGUUUUAUAAUUGAGUCGUCAUGGCAAAUAAGAGAGGAAGGGAACCAUCUGCAGAUGGUGGGGAUGUCGACAAAAUUCGUGCGGAAAUCGAACAAGAGAAGCAGAUGAGUACCAUGCUUGAGAGCUCAAUGAUAGAGCUAGAAACAACCAUGGAGGAAUUGGAAAAGAGAUAUGAUUGCAUUUUGGAUGAAGGCAAUGAAUGGAAAACACGGUUCGAGACUCAGGAGGAACUCAAUGCUCUACUUGAAAAGCAGCUUCUUUUUCUCAGAGACAAAUUGGAAAAGGCUAAAGAGAGCUCUAAAGAUGGAUUCAGUGAAGAACUCAAGGCUUUUGAUGACCUCUCAGAGCCAAGCUUAAGGAAACUGGUUAAAGAACUAGAACGUGAGAAAAACAGUUUCAAUAGCCAACUGAGGGACUAUGACUGGAGGCUAGAUCAAGAAUCAAAGGCUUUCCAUAAAGCUCAUGAAGCAAGGAAGAACUUUUUAACUGAACUCAGAAAUGCUCGAUUAGAAGAAGAUAAGUUCAAGCAAAGUCAGAAGAAAGGCAGUCAUAUGGGUACACCGAGAGAUAGCUAUAACAGUACUCCAGCCAGCAGACCUCCUGGAAGAAAUGUACCUGACAAUCAGAGAAUCAUUGAUCCACGAAGAGGUCCAAUCAGGAAAAACGCUGCUGUGAAGCUGAAUUGA